AAGAGACAUAACAAUACACAAAAAAUGUCUGCAUCAUUAUUAUCUGGCAAGGUUUUUCUCCUUGUUACUGGUGCGAGCAAAGGAAUUGGUCGUCAGAUAGCCGAAUCAUUUGGUUCUUUGCUAGGUGAAGGAUCACUAGUGUUAUUGUUAGCAAGGAAUUCGAAUGGAUUGAAGGAGACGGCCAACAAGUUACCCAAAAGAAUAAAAGUGCAAACCACAAGUGUUGAUUUACGUGUUGCAGAUGCGAAUCAUUUGAAGGAUAUCAUCAGCAAAGCCGUGGGUCCUGCAGGUGUAACCCAAUUCGAAAAUGCUAUAAUUGUUCACAAUGCAGCAUCAAUUGGCGAUCUUUCGAAACCAACUAUCGCUUUGACUGAUUUUCAAACAUGGCGAGACUACUACGACCUUAAUGUAUUCUCACCAGCUGUCUUAAACGGCGUCUUUAUGCAAUUGUUCAAUGAAGCUUCAAAAGUAACAAGGUUCGUUAUAAACGUGACAUCCAUUGCUGCAAAUACACCUUUUGGGUCAGCAGGAUAUUAUUGUUCAGGAAAAGCUGCAAGGACCAUGUUCUUCAAGGUAUUUGCAACAGAAAAUCCCAACGUGUACGUACUGAAUUACUCGCCUGGCUUUGUAGACACUGAUAUGCUGCAUGCCGUGAUCACCGGUAUAACGGAUCCAUCGGCCAGAAAUUUUUUCAGGGAAGUACAAUCAAGUGAUUUGGUGCUGACGACACAGCAAACAGUUAAUCGUAUGAUAGAAAUAAUCAAAUUACAGAAGUUCAAUUCAGGUGAUAUCAUCGAUUAUUCUGAUUUAUUAGAAGCUUGAAAACAUGAGGAAAUAGGAGUAACUAUCGUUUAUAAUCUGUACAAAUAUAUGUAUUGGGGAAAGUGAGAAUAACGGGAAAUUUGAAAUUAUACUAUGCCUAGCCACAUAAAAUAACGAUAAGUAAAUGAAUUUUAUAGGGAUGACGUAUACGACAAUGUACGAUAAAUACGCUGUUUGGCGUAAUUUUUUGCAAGACUUGCAAGGCAACAGGCACUGUACCCAUUGUUUGUGUAGUGCACUGAGAAAUCAAACCACUCAUUGAUUACCUACAUAUUUUAGCAGAUUAACAUCAAAAAGCUAGUUUUGUUUGGUCGUAAAUCUCAGUUUUCCAUUCCAGAAAAAUAUUGGAGCAUAUAACGAUA